AUGUCAUCUAAACAAAUGGAAAUAGAGAUUACACUUGAAGACGUCCUUGGAUUUCUUCAUCAAAAACAAAAUCAAGAAAUCGAAGGCACAAAAAAUUUCUUAGAAUAUGGCCCGAGUUAUCUUUUGGCUUGCCAUAAAGAUAAUGUUCCAGCUCAUUGGUUUUGCAGCGAAGAAUUCGUGGAAAUUACGACUGAAUUAUUACAUUUAUUCGCGUUGGACUAUACAAAUGAACAGAUCGAAGAAUUUAAAAAUGUAAUGGUCGAUCAAUUAUACCUCAAUGUAUUUGAAAAUACGACUGCUGUAAAUGCGCUUUUUGAUGUCACCAUAAAAACCUGGGAUAGAUGUCGUGUUUAUAACGCUCUACAAAAGUUGAAACAGCAUUUAGAAAACCCGACAUCAGAUAUACUGAAAUUAAAUUCAGUUACUGCAAUAUUAUCAGAGAUUAUGUUCAAUCCUUCUUUACUUAUUGACCGUUUGAUUAGUUCUCUCUAUAUUGAUUUGAUUUUAUCUAUCCCACAGAAUCAUUUAAAACAAAUGUAUAAGGGCUUUUUGCCCGGAAUGAUUAUUUUAUCUGUUUAUGAGAAUGAUGAUCUCAGGCAAUUAUUCUGGAAAAUAAUGCAAGGGUUUCAAUUAGAGGGUUUAGUAAAAUUAGAAGAUUUCGAUGUUUACGGAUAUUAUGAUCUAUUACAGAGUGUAAUUCGUUACCUUAAGGAUUGGGAUGAUAAAAGUUUUCAUUUCCAAGAAUAUUCGUUCACAAAGAACCUCAAAAUAUAUUGGGGAGGCCUUAGGAGAAUAUUAUGUAACUUAGAUUCGUCUACAAUUAUCUUCAGGUUGUGCCAUGAACCUAUUGGAAUUUGCGAUUUGGUCGUCACUACUAUCUACAAUCAAGAUCAACUAGGAAGCGAGUUCGUUGAAAUUAUAAAAUGUUUACAGGUUCUUCUGAGGACCAUUAAGGCUGAAUUUUGGAACCACACAUCGUUAUCCUCACAGGGUUUAUUGAUAAAAAUAUUUAAAAGCACAACUUUUCGCAAAGCUGUAGAUUCCCAUCCAGAAAAAUGUGCGCUUCUAUUAGAGUGGGUUCUGGCACUUGUAGAAUCUUCGAUAAGCAUCGUGCCCAUUCUCUUGAAAUAUUUGUUGUAUUCAUUUCAAAAGACUUCGUGGCCUUGUGAAUUGGCACUUGAAUCUUUGGAUGUGGCAUUAAAAGUAUUGAAAAGACAUGACCUUAAAAUUGACUCAACAUUAAGUUCGGAACUCAAAAGUGUAAUCUCUAAUGAAAAUAAAAUGUUUCAUAGAGUUUUGCUUAAAAGCCAAUGUCUUUCUUUUGUUAAUGAAAUGUUAUCUCUCAAUGCCGUUCCCUACCAAAUGCCAGCGUUAAAUAACUCGACAUUUUCAACUCCAAGUAUUUUGGAUUCUGAAUCUUCGGAAUCAUCAGAACUUUUUUUGAGAAACAAACCGCAAUCAACAGCGUUUAAGCCUUCGAAUAAGAGAAAGCCAAUUUCAAUGAAUAUGCCGAGUAAAAGAUUAUCUGUUAAAAAAGGUGGCACAAUAAGUAAAAUGAGAGACAAAUUUGUUAAAGAGAGGCAAAAUCUUGCAAGCGAACUUAAGACGUCAAACCAAAAAUCUAACACUAUCUCAGAUACCCAAAGUCCCAUUAAUCUUAUGGAAUUUAAUGAUGUGCAGCCUAAGCCUAUACAACCAUCUCGGCAAACGAAAUUAAUCAACCUCAGUGAUGUCAUCUCACAUCACAGAGCUCGACAAGACAAUAAACAACAAGAUAGAGUUGUACAACUGCAAAAAAUAAAAGAAGAUAUGAGAAGGCUAAGACCGAAUUUAAAAAGCCUCCACAAGAAAGUUUUGACAUGGAAUAUGAAUUCUACUGGUGAUCGACCUCCAAAUAUAAUCAACGAUAAAUAUAAACAUAUCCCAGAUCAUUUUAAGAAAGUUGAAGAAUACAUAGACAUUUUUGAACCACUUUUAAUACUUGAAUUAUGGCAAAAUUUUAUCUCAGCAAAAGAAGAAAUAGAUGAUAGCGAUUCUUAUGUUAUUACUAUCGAUAGUAGUGUGUCGGUUGAUGAUUUUAUAGAAGUGGAAUGUCAUUCCAUUGACUCUGGGCAACUCAAAAGUCUGUCUGAAAAUGAUCUUAUAAUGAUAAAGCCAGCUGAUAAUGGUAAAGGAUCCUUUUCAAAUUUUACGAAACCUAUAAACUUUCUCGCUAUAGUAAAGAGUAUUUCUUUCAAUAAGUUAAAUGUGCAAUGUUAUUUCAAUGAUGAUCCUCUUAACUUAAGAGGUCAAUUGAGGCCACAGAGUUCAUGGACGAUCAAGAAAGUAAUAAGGUAUGGAAAUUUUAUUUCAGAUUUUUUUGUAUUGCAUUUACAUAUUUUAAUUACUUUUAUGAUUAAUUAUAGUUUGACAACUACGGCACGUGAAUAUGCGGCAUUAAUGGCGUCGCCAUAUUUUAAAUUCAUCAAUUUGAUUAUGCGACCCAAACACCUUACUUAUUUACAAUGCCCAAGAGCUCAAUUGGAACGAUAUACUGAAAUAUAUCGAAUCAAUGAAUCUCAGGCUGAGGCAGUAUGGAAGGUUUUAAAUAAUAAAGAUAAUAUCUCAUUAAUUCAAGGACCACCAGGAACUGGUAAAACUAGUACAAUUGUGAGUAUUAUAAGUGAAUUGAGAUCAAUUCCAGAUGUUUAUAGAUCACAAAUUUUGACUUGUGCACCCUCCAACGCUGCUGUUGAUGAAAUUGAAAAAAGACUUCAGGGGGGCAUUUAUGAUUCUGACGGUAAACUUAUUAAAAUUAAUGUUGUUCGAUUUGGAAAAUUUGAUAGCAGUACUGAUGAAGAGACAAGUGAUCCGAAAAUUCAAGGUAAUAAAAAUGAAAAGUCACAACAAAUUAUCAAAAAACUUCAAGAAGCGGAUGUUAUUUGUGCGACAUUGACUGGAAGUGGUCAUGACAUGUUAGCAGAUUUUACUUUUCAAGCUGUAAUUAUUGAUGAAGCGGCGCAAGCGAUUGAAUUGACAUCUCUUAUACCUAUGAAGUUUAAUCCAAUCUGGUGCGUUCUUGUUGGUGAUAGUAAUCAAUUACCACCAACAGUUCUAAGUAAAGUUGCUACCGAUUACUUUUAUGAACAAAGCUUAUUUAGCAGAAUUCAAAGGGGUGUACCUGAUUUAGUACAUAUGCUGAAGACGCAAUAUAGAAUGCAUCCAGAGAUUUGUCAAGGUCCUAGCAAAUUAUUUUACGGUUCUCAAUUACAGAAUGCAAUAGGGUUAGAAAAACUACGAACUCAGGUCUGGCAUGCAAAGCCAAUAUUUACUCCUUAUAGAUUUUUUGAUGUUUUAGGUACAAUGGGACGAGAUCAAAAUUCUUUUUAUAAUAAAGAAGAAGCAAAUACUGCUGCUAGAUUAGUUUCAAUGCUCACAAAAAAUUUUCCAGAAAUCGAUUUUAAAGAUCGAAUUGGAGUAAUUACGCCAUAUAAAAGACAACUUUCUGAAAUAAAACGAUUAUUCGCUCAAAAAAUUCCUGAUGAUCUAUACAAAAAAAUAGAGUUCAAUACUGUAGAUGGUUUUCAAGGGAAAGAAAAAGAUAUUAUCGUCUUUUCAUGUGUUCGUGCUAAGAGAAAAAAUAAUAUUGGAUUUCUUAAAGAUAUAAGAAGAAUGAAUGUGGCAUUAACACGUGCUAAAUCAUCGUUAUUUAUUCUUGGGAAUCGACAAACUCUUGAAAAAGAUCCACAUUGGAAAGAAUUAAUUGAUGACGCAGUACAAAGGAAAUUAUAUACUCGCUGUUUUAAAUAUCUUGCAGUUACUUUUCGAGACACCAUAGAUAUUUCGCGAGAGAAUUCAGAUGGAUAUGAGGUAAAUAACAUAGUAAAUGAAGGAAAUAAUUAUGAAGGAUGA